UUAUAGACAUCAAUCGAGACUGUUUCCUGACUAACAGUUGGUCCUCAGAUCUGAGCCUCUGUUUCAAGCUUAUUUCUGCUGUGAAUUACGAUUAAAUAGUGAUCCGGUUCUUCCCGUGCAUUUUGUCGCUGUGAAAAUUUUCGACCUAAUUUCGAGAUGGCGGGAAAUUUUUGGCAAAGUGCUCAUUACCAACAAUGGGUCCUUGAUAGUCAAGAUUUGAUUCAGGAGCGACAGGCUGACUUAGAGGUUCUGACUGAAGUAGAAUAUCACAAGAUCAUGAUAUUUUUUGCCAACUUUAUACAACAGCUGGGUGAAACUUUAAAGCUAAGGCAGCAAGUUAUUGCAACCGCAACUACCUUUUUAAAGAGAUUUUAUGCUAGGAACUCUUUGAAAUGUAUUGAUCCUCUCUUGUUGGCCCCAACGAGUGUUUUCUUGAGCUCAAAGGUUGAAGAAUUUGGUGUAAUAUCCAACAGUAGACUUAUCUCUACAUGUCAAACUGUAGUGAAAAACAAAUUCGCUUAUGCCUACAAUUCAGAAUUUCCCUAUCGUACAACUCACAUUCUGGAGUGUGAAUUUUACCUUUUGGAAAGCUUAGAUUGUUGUUUAAUAGUCUAUCAGCCAUACAGACCACUUGUCAUAUAUAUGCAAGAUCUUGGUCUAGAAGGAGAAGUUUUGCAGCUAGCCUGGCGAAUUGUAAAUGACUCACUUCGAACAGAUGUAUGUUUGCUUUUCCCUCCUUAUGAGAUAGCUUUAGCUUGCAUUAAUAUGGCAUGUGUGGUUCAUCAGAAAGACUGCAAGCAGUGGUUUGCUGAGCUGAAUACUGACUUGGAUAGAAUCAUGGAAAUAACAAGAUACAUUCUGAAUCUUUAUGAACUGUGGAAGAACUAUGAUGAGCGCAAAGAAAUUCAGGCUCUUCUGCAGAAGAUGCCUAAGCCAAACACUCAGGCAGUACCUCGGUGAUUAAAGGCUUGUGAAGUAGAAGAAAAUGAAUGAAAUACUAAUUUUUUAUUUUUAUAUUUUACAUGAUAUUUUUUUAUGUUUGUGUGUGCUUUUGUUGGUUUCAAACAAAAUUAUCUUGUAAGUAUAAAAGUAGCAAUAACUCUCAAGAUCUAUAGAAAGAGAAAUGUCAUCCAUGUUAUGCUUGAAAAUUUUCAUUGUUUUUUUUUAUUUUUGCUAAAGCAAAAGCAAAGUAGUUUAUCAUUAAUCAUUGAGUUGGACUGACCUUGGAGAUAUUUUUUUUCAUGAAUAAUUUUAUCCUGUAUUGCAUGGAUAGAUUAAAGUUUUAUUUGUAGCCAUUGGCAAAUGUUUCACUGUCAGAAUGAGUAAAUUUGAUGCACUAUAAUAUAUAGUUAACUCCCAGUAUUCAUAGUAAAUCGGUUUAUCCCCUGUAUUAAUAGUCUUUAAUUAUCCUACACAAGCAAAGGUAAACAUGAACGCAUUGUAAUUUGCAGUAAAUUAUUGGUCAUAUUUUGAGAAUUACUGUAAAUAAUUUUAAUCAUUAUUAUUUUAUUACUUAUAUGUAUAUGUAAUGUAUCAUGAUUAAACAUUAAAAAUGCUA